UGGGUGGCUCCGCGCGCGGCCGCUCCGCGUAACCGACCCGUUGGAUGUUCGGAAACAUGGCGGCCAGCGACGACGAGCCGAUGCAUCUCUACGAGGUUUUUCAAAACUGCUUCAAUAAGAUCGCCAACAAGCAGCCCGAAAAACCUGGCUUCCAGUCGCCGUAUGGCCCGCCAAUGGACAACGGAAUGACGUACGGCGGCGGUGCGUUCGGCCCGGCGGGGGGCGGUCCGGGGGGUGGUGGAGUCGAGGGGGCCACUUACCCCCCCGACUCACCCUACUUCUCCUUCGGAUCCAGGGGGAUCCCCCCCUCCGUGACUACCCCAACCCCCACCUCCAACCCUGCCACCCCUACCGGCAACGGCGCGAGGUUACCUAACCCCUCGGCCGGAGCGGCAACGGUGAAGAGAAAGAAGGAGAGCGUGGAUGGAGCGGACGGCGAGGUCGUGACAACGCAACAUUGGGUGAGUCGUGUUUUCCAAUUUGAAAUAAAGAGUAUCCGCAUGUCCUGGGGUGUAAAGCGAGCCCGUUAAGUCGAAGAGAGAACCACGAGCGUAAUCGCUGUGGUAAAUUGUCGGGGCUGCAUCAUUUCUGUAACUUUCCCAUGCGAGCGGCAACUCCCUCUUGUAUUCCACGCGUAUCCCGGGGGACCUCGGGCGACUCCUCCUUUUGCGUUCCGCUUCUUUCUUGCGCCCUCGCUCCUCCCGGCGCGCCGCCAUCUUGUAUUUUCUCUUCGCCCGGAGGAGUCGUCGGAGGCCUCGCCUGCGGUUCUGGAAUAAAUUAAACCGUUAAGCUAAAUAAUCUAUAACCGUUAGGGCUAUGCCAUUAAUUCAAUAAUAUAGUUUAAUCAUUACAGUCGGGCUAUUAACUGGAUAAAACGAGACCGACUCGAACGCGCGUGUUUUGCCGGAAAUGAUAUAUAUACGUCCACCUUAAUUUAACGUAUAAUUUUAGAGAUUUCUUUCGUCUGUGAAAAACCGAUAAGAAAUAGGUGUACGCAGGAAGUUAGUUACUUUUGUACGGAAAAAAAGAAAAAAGAAAAAGAUAAAGAAGCAUAUCGCAUGAACGCCAAUGUAUGUCCUCUUUGCCAAAGGAUAGUUUAACCGUUAUGGUUUCGCUAUUAAUUCAAAUAAUUCAAGCGUUAAGGCUAGGCCUUUAAUUUGUAAAAAAAAAAACGGUUAACGCAGUGCGGUUAAAUCUUUGCGUUAGUAUCUCGUUUUAACUCGACUCGGCACUUAAAUUAAAGCCAGCUCAAGGGAAAGUCAGCGGAAUUAUUGGCGCAAAGGGAAAGAUGGACGGCGGCCGCUUCGGCGGAAAAGAAAGAGGA